AUGCCUGCUCUCAAGUUGCGCGGCUCGCCCGGUCCCUCCUCGCCCUUCUCAUGGGACAACGUACCGUCUCCGCCUCCUCUCAGCGAGGCCGAAGCGAGCAAGCUGCCCUCGCCGCCCACAUCAUGGCUCGCCGCGCAGGACAUGAAGACGUUCGGCGCCCAGCCACUGCGAUCGGAGUUUGGCCUGGUCAGGUGCAAGGAGUGCGGUAAACCGGUCCUGCGGAGCGCCGUCACCGAGCACGCCAGCAACUGCAAGACGAUCCGGAAUGGGGGCGCGAAGAAGGCGGGGAUCGGGGGUGAAGUCGACGAUAAGAAGGGGAAGAAGCGCAAGGCGUCCGACGAGCCGCCGGACGAUCCGUCCCAGCCGAAGAAAAAGAAGCUGGUGACGCCCAAGGUGACAAAGGGCCGUUUCAAAGGGCCCGUCGACCUCGAUAAGCAGUGCGGCGUCAUCAACGACAAGAACCUGCCCUGCUCGCGAUCCCUGACAUGCAAAUCGCAUUCCAUGGGCGCCAAGCGCGCCGUGCAAGGCCGCUCGAAGGACUACGACGUCCUCCUCCUCGAGUGGAACCGGGCGAACAACCCCAACUGGGUCGAGCCCGUGAAGAAGCCGACGAAGGAGGAGCGGAAGAAGGAGAAGGAGCGCGAAAGGGCGGAGAAGAAGCGCCUCGCCCUCGAGGCCGCCGCCGCCAACGCGGCCGCGAACGAUGCCGCAGCGGCGGGGGAGAAGGCGAAGAAGGCGGGCGCGGGCGGCGGCGGAAGCAAGAAGAAGGCGAAGGCCGCCCCGGUCGCUGUGACCGCCGUCAAUGUCGACGAGGAGGAGGAAAACCUGGACGAUCUCGACUCCGAAGAGGAACUCGACUCGCUCGUCAAGUCGGUGCGCGCCGCGCAGCAACGCGGGCUCGUCGCGUCGCCGCUGGCGCUGCCUGGCGACGCCAGCGCUUGGUUCGUUGCCAGACGCGAGCGGCUGCGCACCUGCCGGGAACUUAUCGCCCAGGCGCUGAUGCCGAAUCUGGCUGGCGUCCGACCUGGGAUACCCAGGUUGGGUUAG